AUGGAUAAUACAAGUGAAUCUGUGCUUGUGCAAAUGUUAAAGUCUAAACCACUUGUUCUUAAAACUCCAAUGUCCAUAAUGUGUUCAAAACGCGUUAAAAACAAAGAUACUCUUCGUGAUGAUGACUUAGUUUUAACUUCCGAUGACUUCCGACGAUGGACAAAGAAAAGAAGGAUUUUGGGUAAAUCAACGGAUAAUAAAAAGUUUUUAUCAAGUGGGGAGGAUGAUUCGGGCACUGAGCCAGGCUCAAGUUCAAGCUCAAGUGGUUCACCAUCCGAUGGUGAAUGCUGUGAAUGUCCUAAUGAUUCAGGUUGUGAUGAGGAAGAUGACGAAUGUGAUCAUGAAGCGAAAAAUAAAAUUGAAGAAUUAUGUUGGCAGUUAGAAGAAAAUUUCAAAGAAAAUACUGGUUUCUUCCGUCGCUCUAUUCAGCAAAAAAUUCAAUAUCGACCUUGUACGAAAAAUCAACAGUGUAUGAUACAACGGGUAAACCGCAACAGAUGUCAGUACUGCAGGUUAAAAAAAUGUAUCGCUGUAGGAAUGAGCAGGGACGCUGUUCGAUUUGGUCGCGUUCCAAAGCGUGAAAAGGCUCGCAUUGAAGCUGCCAUGCAGCAAUCGACACGAAAUCGAGCUAUAACCACAAAUGUUUGGACUGAUCUUGAGGAUCUUCAGCAUGUGAUCGACACUGUUGUGGGUGCACAUCUUGAAACUUGUGAAUUCACGCGUGAUCGUGUGCAUGAGAUGAAAAUAAGGGCAAAAGAUUGCCCGAAUUAUACUGAACCGACAAGGGCUUGCCCUUUAAAUCCAGCACCUGAAAUACAAUCGGAACAAGAAUUUUCCCAGCGCUUUGCAGACGUGAUUCGCGGAGUCAUUGAAUUUGCUGGGAAAAUACCCGGCUUUGAACUUUUAACCCAGGGCGAUAAAUUUACAUUGCUAAAAGCCGGACUUUUUGAUGCACUAUUCGUCCGCUUAAUUGGGAUGUUUGACACUUCCAUGGAUUCUAUCAUAUGUUUAAAUGGUCAACUUAUGCGAAGAAAUUCAAUACAAAACGGAGCCAAUGCGAGGUUCUUAGUCGACUCAACUUUCAAAUUUGCAGAAAGGAUAAAUGCAAUGCAAUUAACAGAUGCUGAAAUUGCACUUUUCUGUGCAGUAGUAUUAGUAGCCCCAGAUCGCCAUGGAAUAAGAAACUACGAACUGAUCAAUCGAAUGCAUGCAAAGCUCAAGCAAUGUUUACAACACGUGAUUUCAAAAGGUCGCCCAAGCGAACCUGAAUUCAUGGGAGAUCUCAUGAAUACUAUUGGAGAUCUUAAAACACUUUCGACACUUCAUACUGAGAAAUUAAUUGUAUUCAGAAAUGAAUUGAGUCAACAGUUGGGCCAUGAACAGCAGCAUCAGCAACAAGUUAAACAUAAGAAUGAAAUAACUGAUUCCACGGAAAUCAACCACCAUCAUUUCCAAUCUGCACAACAAACUCAGUCUGAACGCAUAGAGAUGACGUGUCAACAACGGUUGACACCUCAACCAUCGGAUAUAAGCAUGUCUACCAUUAGUAGUAGCGACUCUUCUUCACCCCACAUAAAAUGUCCCACAAAACAAUCACCAAUAUUGUUAGCAAAGCUUCAAGGCUGUCCGAUGGGCUAUCGGCAAAAGUCCAUUCAACCACAAUUAAACCAUCCAAGUUCAAAUUCAAGCGCAGAAGACGAAAUUGUAGUGCAACAAUGCCCAACAACAUUAACUCAUCCAAAUAUCCCAGCUGGCACGACAAUCACAGCAGUCACACGUCCUAUACCAUCAGUAAAUAGAAAACUUGAAAGUCCUACAGAUUCAGGAAUCGAAAGUGGAUCAGAUGGAUCAAUUGGCAAAAUUGGAUCUGGUUCUUCAUCAUGUUCAUCCCCGAGAAGUUCUUUAGAAGAUGGAUCUUCAUCACUUGCUGAGUCCCUUCCAACUCUUAAAAGAGCUUUGGAGAAGCCCGCAAUAUUUGAUCCUCAUAUGUAUCAUAAAAAAUUCCGACGCUGUCCGAUGAGUGGUGAAUCUCUUGAUGGUGGCCAAAGUCAGUUACAAACAAUUUUAACGAAUACAAAGUCUCAAAAUAUUCACUGCAGCAACAACACUGUCAACAGUGGUCUUGCAGUCACUCAUUCAAUCCUAGCGGGAACUCUUAAAACUGCACCGAAAAUGAGCGAUGAGCAUCGGAAGAAUCAGGAAAUUUUAAAUCGUUUCAUCGAUCAAGGCGGCGUUAUAAAAACAAGCAAAGAAGUUUUAGCUAAAGUCCAAAUUGCACCAGUAGAUCACGAAGGUACUCCUUUAAAUUUAUCCAAAAAAACUUCAGCCGUUACGGCGAAUAGUGACGAAACAAAGAUGAUGGUGGAAGCUUAAUAAUAUUGUGGACCUAACAAAAGCGAUGCAGGGAAAACAUUAAGAAAUUUGAAAUUUAAAACAGAUCUCCUUUAAACAUAUAACUUUGUAAAUAAUUCAACUUAUAAGAGUGUUGACUUUUUCAAAUGAAAAAAAAACGAUUUGUCAUAAAAAAAUAAAACAAGAAAAAAAGAAGCAGUCAGAAAAUUGAUAUUUGGAUAAGCAACAAAAGAAAAAUUAAAAUAAGAAUUUAAUGAAUAGGAUACAUAUUAGAUCUAUAAUUUAAUAUAAUACAUUAUUUAAGUAUUUAGUGUAAUGACCUACAUACCUACUAAAUACACAUAUAGUAUAUGUGAAUACUGAAUUUUCUAAUUGUACUUUCUAAUGCAUACAAUCUAAAUAUUGUAUUAUUAAACUUGUACAUUUCAAAGAAUAUUAUUUCAAAUGAAAGUUUUUCGACAACAAAAAUAUGUUGCAUUAUGCUUUUCUGUUGGCUUUUCUUAUCCAUAUGCACCUCCAUAUCUUUGUUUUAGUGACGUUCUUUUUAAAUUAUUUCCUCUUUCAUCUGUUCCCUCAUUAAAUUCAGCUUAUUGAUUUAAUAUUCUCUAAAGCAAGAAAAAUAGCAUCUCUCAUAGCCCAUAGACAGGAUAAUUUUAUUUAAAGACAAUUGCGAUAACUUUUAUGUCCGAUUUUUUUCUUUUGUGUUUUUGAGCUUUUUAUUCAAAAACAAACAUAGAUAAAUGGUUAUAAAUAUUAAUAUAAAGUCCUUUUUUUAAAAUGCUGUAUAUGAGGAACAGAAAUCAAAUUUUUUAAAGCUUUUACAAAGAAAACUCUUUAUAUUUUACUGAAAUAAUAAAAUUGCAAUAUUAAAAAAGUAAGUUUUCAAUUUUCAUAAAAUUUAAAUUAAGCGUGAAAAAUAUUUACUAAUUUUAAAGGAUUGCAAAAUAAUCUAUUAAAACACAAUCAAAGGGUAUGUCUAAAACUAUAGAAUGAAUGACAGUGUUAUUUGGCCUAAAGUUUUAUUUUGAUUUGAUCUAUGUAUGUAUCUUUGAAAAAGUAAUUUGAAGUUAAAACCUUAAAAUAUUUUCUGAUGAAUUCAGGUAUCGGAAGCUUAUCUAAUUCUUCAAACGGACUUAUUUGUUUGCAAGAAGUUCUACGCCAAAAAUUUCAUUAUUUUUAAGUUAAAAGCUCUAUAAUAAAGCAUCUUUCAAAUUUAUGAUUCGAAUACUAUAAACAGUUCGAACUCCAAUAGAUUGGUAGCUAAUAAAAUCGAUUUGCAAUAAUAAUGGAGUUCUAUCAGGUUCCAACUUAUUACAGUUCGUACUGUUUAGCUGAUUUGAAUGAAAUUUUGAUGGAAGUCUAAUCAUGUUGCUUUUAAUUAAAACCAUUUUAACUGUAUAAAAUAAAUGAUAGUCUAUCGUGAAAGCUCUUGAAAUCUUAAAGGACCUCCAUUUAGCUUCCAACCCUGAUUAAAAAAGUCUUACAUAAAAUACGAGCCGCUCUUUGUGGGAUAAAUAAUUGUAAAAAGAGAAAACAUGCCCUUACAGAACAUUGUAAAUAAUGACUUCUAUAGUUCUAUUAAAUAUUCGUCUGAAUAUGACAAUUUUUGUUUUUUUUAAUUUAGAUUUAUUAGUAAGUAUUUUACUUAACAGCUUAAAAAUUUAAUGUGUAGUUUACAUAAAUAAUAGAGCAUAGUUAUAUAGUUUAUUCACAAAAAGAAAAAGAAACAACAGACAAUGCAUAUUGGUCAUUUUUUAAAGUUAAGUCCCUUUUUCAAUGUUUGAAGACCAAUAAAUAUCAAGAAAUUAAAGAAAUCAUUCAGUAUGAUUCUCAAAUAAUGUGUAACUAUCUUAUUAUACACAAUGAUAGAUAUUUUCAUAUUAUUUCAUUGAUCAUACAGUCAUAGAAAAGAAAAAUUAAAAAAAAAGUUUCUUGCUGACUAAUUGUAAGUUUUACUAUAUAAGUUUAAUAAAGAUACACGUAGAGAUAAAUAAAAAGAAAA